AUGUCCGACUCAUUCGCACCGCGCUCGAUGAAGCGCAAGAAUGUCAAAGGUCUGGCGCUAGCUCCCGCAGCACCCAAGCCCUCUGCGAACAACACCGACCGCCAGCCUGACUGGGGCUUUGGUGGCUCGCGAGCGGACGAGGUGGGCCAGGAAGCCCAACUCGAGAUCGGUAUCGAGUUCAACCUCGAUCUUCGGCAAGAAGAUAUUGAAAUUGUGAAGGAGCUCGGAUCCGGAAAUGGAGGCACAGUUAGCAAGGUCAAGCACUUGCCUACAGGCACGACGAUGGCUCGCAAGGUCAUCCACGUCGAGGCUAAGAAAGAACUACGGAAACGAAUCGUGCGCGAACUCCAGAUCAUGCACGGUUGCCAUUCCGACUACAUCGUGACGUUUUACGGAGCCUUCCUGAACGACCACAACGAUGUGAUAAUGUGCAUGGAAUACAUGGAUGUCGGAUCACUGGAUAGGGUCUCGCGCCUUUUUGGCCCGAUUCGCGUCGAUGUGCUUGGUAAGAUCGCGGAGGCGACGCUCGGCGGUUUGACGUAUCUGUAUUCCAAAUUACACAUCAUGCACCGAGAUAUCAAGCCUUCCAACAUCCUCGUAAACUCGCGGGGGCACAUCAAGCUCUGCGAUUUCGGAGUGUCCGGAGAAUUGGUUAACUCUAUCGCCGAUACCUUCGUCGGCACGUCGACGUAUAUGGCCCCCGAACGAAUCCAGGGCGAGAAGUACACGGUCAAGUCGGACGUGUGGAGCUUCGGUCUCAGCAUUAUGGAGCUGGCCAUCGGCAAGUUUCCGUUCGCUGCGAGCGAGCAGCUCUCGGAUGGGGAUGGAGCACCUGCCGGGAUCCUGGACCUCCUUCAGCAGAUCGUUCAUGAGCCUGCGCCAAAACUGCCCAAGAGCGAUGCCUUUCCGUCCAUCCUAGAAGAUAUGGUUCAGAAGUGCUUAGCAAAGGACCCCGACGAGCGCCCGACGCCUCAGGACCUCUGGGAACGGGACCCGUUUGUCCAGGCCGCCAAGCGGACGCCCGUAGACUUGAGACAAUGGGCCGUGGGGCUGAUGGAGAAGGACAAUCGCAAGUCACAUUUGGUUCCCCAGCUUUCGCCGGCUACCCGAGACCUCCUGCGAACGAACGAGUCUCCUGCGUAUCAGAACGAUGACGCCGCGUACACGCCCACUUCCGGUGACAUCCCGAUCGCGGGCGCCAUCAUUUCGCCGAGAGAUCAUCAAGGCCACACACAGAAUCGAUCACCCACGCGCAACGGUGUGGGAAGUUUGGGACGCGCGGCAGGUUCCCACGCUCAUCCUGGCCUGGGUCCAAGGUCAUCAACAUCUUCCUCCAUCCCCAAGGUAUCGAAUGCGGAUCUCUCGCAACCUGCAGGCACCGGCGCGGGAUCGACAUUCACUUUACCCGUAAGGCCUGCCCCUCCUGGCGGACCAUUGCCGCCACCCCCUCCGAGAAAAGAAACUCCGGACGAGCUGCGGCGGGAGAAUAGGCGGCAGGCCACAUUUGGGCCAUUGUCAAAUGGCGGGUACGGUAACGCCGGCUACCCGUCGAGAUAA